GCAUAAAUUUAUGAUUGUUUUAGGAUGAGUUCAGAAUAUCUUUUGCUGGGCUUAUUUUGACGUCCUGCUGUAAAGUCUGACGUUUUUUGGGCCUGUCCUGCUUGGACUCAGAUCAGUUCUACCUUAGGCUGCCCACAUGCUCAAGCUCAGCUGAAUGAGGUCACUCCUGGCGAGAAGCUACCGUCACAACUUCACCAUUCCUUUACAUCACAUCACAUCUUGUCUAUCCUUCACCUUUUCUUCGUACCGCUAUUGUUUCGCCCAUAUCCUGGGCAUACCCUCCCUUUCUUAUCUUCUUUUCAUUCUAUCGUCUUUCCUUUGUGCUUUUCAUACCGCAAAUCUCCCCCACUGUUACGUACCUUGCCCGAUCAAAAUGGUGGCCUUUUGGCCCUGGGGGGGCGAGUCCUCCUCAACUGCCUCCUUCGAGAAGACCCUCUCUACUCUGUCGACCAAGAUCACCGACACACAAGCAUCCCUCGACAAGGUCCGCGCAAGCUCUCGCCGCACGCGUGUCAUCUGGACACUCUACCUUAGUUUCGCUUACCUCGUCUAUGCGAUCGUUCUGCUACUUGUCGUCGGAUAUAACAACCUCGGCGCCUUUGAAUGGGGCGGUCUGACCGGUGGCCCUGUGCUCAUCUACGUUACACGCACGACCCUAGCCGCAUAUUACAACUUUCGCAUCGAGAACUUGAGCGCUCGACUCAAGGACCAUCAGUCAGAGCGCGCAAAGACGAUCCAGAAACUCAAGGAUGCCACCAAAUAUGACUCUACCAUGGAAUUGAUCGAGAAGUACGGCGGGGCUGAUGGAAAGGGCAAGAAGAAGGAGGGUGAACAGAAUGCCGAUAAAGCGCCCAAUAAGCAGCGACCUGAUGGUCCUCAAGGAGUUCCCGGACGAACGCGCAUGCCCCCUCCUCCGACAGCCAACAUCCAGCGCCCACAUAGCCCAAUGCCUGCUUCAAAUCCCAUGGAACCAAGUGCUGAGUUCGCUCCUAACGCCGAAUUCUCUGAACCCCCUCCGCCUCCUAUCGCCCCCGGUACUCCUCAGCCUCCUUCGAUGCCAACCGGUUACGCCUCAUACCAGACCGGGCCCCCUGAAUCGCACUGGUACGACCGUAUCUUUGACGUUCUUCUUGGCGAGGAUGAGACAGCGCCCAAGAACCGCAUUGUGCUUAUUUGCAAAUCAUGCCGACUCGUCAAUGGCCAAGCACCCCCUGGGACCAAGACGCUCUCUGAGGUCGGACAGUGGAGGUGCAUGUCCUGCGGCGCUCCUAACGGAGAAAUCGAUGAGGGAAAGCGCAUCAUGAACGAGGUUCUCGACGCCGCUAAAGACUCUCCUACAGAUGGCGAGAGCGCUAAUGAAGACUUCGCUAGUGACAAGAGUGAGCCAAGGGAAGUGGGAAAAAACUAGGGACCUUGAUCCCAAAUGACCAUAAGACUUAGGUAACUUAUAUAAGCUUGAAACAGCUUUCAUAGGUUUAGGAUGCCUUUUACUGAGUUUAUUUUAUUCUUAGGAUUAGGGGUCCUAAGUUUUCGUCCCUCCCCUUAGGGAUCAAGGAGGAAGACGAAGACGGUUCAACCAUGAGCGUUGAGAAACGCUGAAGAAAGUACAAGAAAUGAUAUGUAUUUACUAUGUAAUUCUAUACGAGCACCAUGGCGGUGACAACUACGGGAAUGAGGUUUGGGUUUGGGUUUCUUUAAUAAUGCAACUACUUUGGAACUUGAUCACCCUAGACUGGUCUUUAAGGAGGGCAUUGGGUCAUGAAUCUUUGACUACUACGUAUAUUCCUCAUCGAGAGAACCAUAUGAUAUUCUAGUGUUUCCCGAUACGCUCUCCUGUCUUCUGCGGGUGUUACUGGUCAGAGACUGGUGUGUGCAUGAUGGUCAUCUGCAAGAGUUCCUCAAUUAGGAGAUGUUAGGAGGAGUCAUCCCCUGAUGAAUAUUAUUGGUAACGAUACGGG